CCCCCCGUCCCCUCAGGCUCGGCUGCGCCGGGGCCGCGGGCCGGUUCCUGAGGUGGCCCAGGCGCCCUCCCGCCGCCGGCGCCGCCCGGGCCGCCCUCCCCGCCGCCCCCGCCCUCCGCCUCCGCCUCCCCCCGCCCUCCGCCUCCCUUCCCCCUCCCCGCCCAGCAGCGGUCGUCGGGCCCCGGCGCUCGGUUAUAAGAUGGCGGCGCUGAGCGGCGGCGGCGGUGCGGAGCAGGGCCAGGCUCUGUUCAACGGGGACAUGGAGCCCGAGGCCGGCGCCGGCGCCGCGGCCUCCUCGACUGCGGACCCUGCCAUUCCCGAGGAGGUGUGGAAUAUCAAGCAAAUGAUUAAGUUGACACAGGAACAUAUAGAAGCCCUGCUGGACAAAUUUGGGGGCGAGCAUAAUCCACCAUCAAUAUAUCUGGAGGCCUAUGAAGAAUACACCAGCAAGCUAGACGCCCUUCAGCAGAGAGAGCAGCAGUUGCUGGAGUCCCUGGGGAGCGGGGCUGACCUCUCUGUCUCUAGCUCCGCGUCCACGGACACCGUCACAUCAUCUUCCUCUUCUAGCCUUUCAGUGCUGCCUUCAGCUCUCUCAGUUUUUCCAACUCCCUCAGACGUGUCACGGAGCAACCCCAAGUCACCCCAAAAACCUAUUGUUAGAGUCUUCCUCCCCAACAAGCAGAGGACUGUGGUACCUGCAAGGUGUGGCGUUACAGUCCGGGACAGUCUAAAGAAAGCACUGAUGAUGAGAGGUCUUAUCCCAGAGUGCUGUGCUGUUUACAGAAUUCAGGAUGGAGAGAAGAAACCAAUUGGCUGGGACACUGAUAUUUCCUGGCUUACUGGAGAAGAAUUACAUGUAGAAGUGUUGGAGAAUGUUCCACUUACAACACAUAACUUUGUACGGAAAACCUUUUUCACCUUAGCAUUUUGUGACUUCUGUCGAAAGCUGCUUUUCCAGGGAUUCCGUUGUCAAACAUGUGGUUAUAAAUUUCACCAGCGUUGUAGUACAGAGGUUCCCUUGAUGUGUGUUAAUUAUGAUCAACUUGAUUUGCUGUUUGUCUCCAAGUUCUUUGAACACCACCCAAUACCACAGGAGGAGACCUCCUUACCAGAGACUGCCCUUCCAUCUGGAUCUUCCCCUUCUGCACCCCCCUCUGAUUCUAUUGGGCCCCAAAUUCUCACCAGUCCGUCUCCUUCAAAAUCCAUUCCAAUUCCACAGCCUUUUCGACCAGCAGAUGAAGAUCAUCGAAAUCAAUUUGGACAAAGAGACCGGUCCUCAUCAGCUCCAAAUGUACAUAUAAAUACAAUAGAACCUGUCAAUAUUGAUGACUUGAUUAGAGAUCAAGGGUUUCGUAGUGAUGGAGGAUCAACCACAGGUUUGUCUGCCACCCCCCCUGCCUCACUACCUGGCUCACUCACUAAUGUGAAAGCAUUACAGAAAUCUCCAGGACCUCAGCGGGAAAGAAAAUCAUCUUCAUCCUCAGAAGAUAGGAAUCGAAUGAAAACUCUUGGUAGACGUGACUCCAGUGAUGACUGGGAGAUUCCUGAUGGGCAGAUCACAGUGGGACAAAGAAUUGGAUCUGGGUCAUUUGGAACAGUCUACAAGGGAAAGUGGCAUGGUGAUGUGGCAGUAAAAAUGUUGAAUGUGACAGCACCCACACCUCAGCAGUUACAGGCCUUCAAAAAUGAAGUGGGAGUACUCAGGAAAACUCGACAUGUGAAUAUCCUACUCUUCAUGGGCUACUCAACAAAGCCACAACUGGCUAUUGUCACCCAGUGGUGUGAGGGCUCCAGCUUGUAUCAUCAUCUCCACAUCAUUGAGACCAAAUUUGAGAUGAUCAAACUUAUAGAUAUUGCAAGGCAGACUGCACAGGGCAUGGAUUACUUACACGCCAAGUCAAUCAUCCACAGAGACCUCAAGAGUAAUAAUAUUUUUCUUCAUGAAGACCUCACAGUAAAAAUAGGUGAUUUUGGUCUAGCCACAGUGAAAUCUCGGUGGAGUGGGUCCCAUCAGUUUGAACAGUUGUCUGGAUCCAUUUUGUGGAUGGCACCAGAAGUAAUCAGAAUGCAAGAUAAAAACCCAUAUAGCUUUCAGUCAGAUGUGUAUGCUUUUGGGAUUGUUCUGUAUGAACUGAUGACUGGACAGUUACCUUACUCAAACAUCAACAACAGGGACCAGAUAAUUUUUAUGGUGGGACGAGGAUACCUAUCUCCAGAUAUCAGUAAGGUACGGAGUAACUGUCCAAAAGCCAUGAAGAGAUUAAUGGCAGAGUGCCUAAAAAAAAAAAGAGAUGAGAGACCACUCUUUCCCCAAAUUCUCGCCUCUAUUGAGCUGCUGGCCCGCUCAUUGCCAAAAAUUCACCGCAGUGCAUCAGAACCCUCUUUGAAUCGGGCUGGCUUCCAAACAGAGGAUUUUAGUCUGUAUGCUUGUGCUUCUCCAAAAACACCCAUCCAGGCAGGGGGAUAUGGAGAAUUUGCAGCCUUCAAGUAGCCACACCAUCAUGGCAGCGUCUACUCUUUAUUUCUUAAGUCUUGUGUUCGUACGAUUUGUUAACAUCAAAACACAGUUCUGUUCCGCAAAUCUUUUUUUUAAAGAUACAGAAUUUUUCAAUGCAUAAGCUGGUAUGGAACAGAAUGGAAUUUUUUCCCAUCCAACAAAAGAGGGAAGAAUGUCUUAGGAACCAGAACUUUCUGCUGCCAGUGUUUCUUCUUCAUCACAAACACCACGUGCAUACAAGUCUGCCCACUCCCAGGAAGAAAGAGGAGAGACCCUGAGUUCUGACCUUUUGAUGGUCAGGCAUGAUGGAAAGAACCUGCUGCUACAGCUUGGGAGAUUUGCUCUGGAAAGUCUGCCAGUCAACUUUGCCCUUCUAACCGCCAGGUCAAUAUGUGGCUCAUCAUCUGAUGGGGCAGUUGCAAUCACCAAGCAUCGUUCUCUUUCCAAUUCUGGGAUUUUAUUGCGGAGCUCUUUCCCCUAGCCACCACCGGUUAAUUUCUGAGGGAUGGAACAAAAUGCAGCAUGCCCUUUCAGGGUGGCGCGUGUUCAGUCCUUGACAAAUUUUAUCAAAGCGAAACUAUUUUAUUUCAGUGGAUAAUGAGCAAUGAGGAGGAGGUCAUUUGGCGGGUAGAGGGAAUGCUGCAUCUUUUUCCUGACCUUCUGGGUUUCUGGCCUUUUGUUUCCUUGCUCGCCGAGCGUGUCUGCCUAACCACCCAGGCGGGAAAGUGGCGCGCGUGGGCCUUCUCUCCUCAUGGGUCCAGCAAUGAAGACAAGUGUUUGGGGAUCUUUCUCCUCCACAAUGUAGCAAGUUCUCAGGAAAUACAGUUGAUAUCUUCCUCCUAAGCUCUUCCAGUCACCAAGUACUUAUGUGGCUACUUUGCCCAGGGCACAAAAUGCGCUGGCAUUAUCUAAUUUAAAGCCUACAAAACUGUUUGAUUACAGUUUUGAAUGUGAGACAUUUAUGUAAUUUAAAUGUAAGGUACAAGUUUUAAUUUCCAAGUUUCUUCUAUUAUAUUUUUAUUAAAAGAGAAAAUAAUUUUCAGAUUUAAUUGAAUUGGAAUAAAAUAAUACUUCCCACCAGAAUUAUAUAUCCUGGAAAAUUGUAUUUUUGUUAUAUAAGCAACUUUUAAAGAAAAAUCAUUUUCUCUAUCUAAAAAUGGCAAGUCUUAGCAUCAUGACAAAUAUUUAUAAUUUUUAAAUUAAUGGUACUUGCUGGAUCCACACUAACAUCUUUGCUAAUAUCUCAUUUCUUUCUUCCAACUUAUUCCUACACUACAUUCUACAUUCUCUUUCUAGUCUUUUAUCUAGAAUAUGCAACCUUAAAUAAAUUUGGUGGUGUCUCCAUUCAUUCUCCUCCUUCCUUUUUUCCCAAGCCUGGUCUUCAAAAGGUUGGGUAAUGUGACAGCGGAGUUCCCAGGCAAAGACUAGAGCGAUUUGAGGUGUAUUUGGACUGAGGGAGGAUGUGUGAAGCCGACCAUCAGUUUUUGUAGAAAGAGCUGCUGCGGUCUUUCAGAGAAAGCUCGUUUAUCUUUGCAUGAAUGGAAAUUAUAACCUAGUCCUGACUUUGGCUUUUACUGAUGGUGGAGUAGGUGACUGCAGUGAAGGAAGUAACUUUGGAUGUAUUACUGGCAAAUACCUCUGAUAUCAUGAGUCUGAGAAUCUCCUGUUGGGACGUAGAAAUGUAAAUCAAAACAAAUGUACUUAGCCCAGCCAAGCUGUAUAGCCAAGGACCUGAAAGAAAUUAGACAGGACCUAUAAUAUGAAUCAGGAAAUUAACAAUGGUGAUUUUAAAAUUCCAAAUUUAACACGCCCCUCUGUAUUUCAGUCUGCUAAAGCUCGCUGUCACUAGGCGGGUUUUUGCUGGAAUGUGUUUUCAGAGGAAGACCUCCUGAAGAUCCCACAGGCUUGUAAAAGGUUGUGCCAGUAAAAAUGGAAAAUAUCCCAAAGUUAUGAAUGUGCUUGAAAAGCAAUGUGUUCUUUAGCCUUACAUGAACAAAACAGUAACUUAGAAAAUUCAGACACUGGGAAGAGGAAAUUGGUGCUGACUGGAAGGGCGUCUCGAGUGCAGGAUUCUGCCCCACUUUGGAAAACAUUGCCUAUUUUUCUUUUGUAAUCUGUUCCCAGAGGUUUGUUUGGUUUUUUUUUUAAGAUUUAUUUAUUUAUGCAUACAAGAACUGGGGUAUAGGCCAGAGGUGUGAAGGGUGAAAGGAUUCACCAGAGACGAAGUGGGGAGCAGAACAGGCAGAUUGACUGAAAACACUGCUGAGGGGAGCAGCAGGCGAGACAGGAGAGGUCUGUUGCACCAUGUGGGUAGCUCCCUGGCUGGCGAUCGAACUUGUGCUGCAGAGGCUGUGAUAGUUUCAUAGUGCUGUGCUUAACCCCUUGCGCCACCAGGGAGGCCUCCCAGAGCCUUUUAAACAUGACUUUGUGCCCUUUACCAAGAUUGGAGAGAGCUGGGCUUGACCUGUAGGCAGGCCCUCUGAGCAGGGGCACUGGUGGAGCCGGGACAGGGCCACGCAGCGGACAGGACAUAGUUAUGGAGGAAGCUUGGUGCAGGAAUGCCCAGAGCGCUGCUCAAGGGGAUGCUCCUUUUUCCUCCCCUUUCUCAUUUGAAACAGGGAAACAGACUUGACAGUAAAGGAAGCUGUGCCCAGAAGUCAGCCUCAGGAUACUAAGGGAUUUUUAUGAAGCCCUUCCAAAUAAAAAAAAAAUUCAAUUCCCAUUUUCUUCAUGAAAUAGGUUAGUUUACAGAUUGAAAAAAAAAGGGUUUCCUCUGAGUUUUAUUUUCUUUAAUUUUUGAUGCUUAGACAAUAGACUUCUCGAGCUCCUAAGAAAAUACAAGGAAGAACUCCUUGUCUGUGCAAAGCACUUUAUGAGUAACUGUACAGAUAGUAUGCCGCUGCUUACCGGGUAUCUUGUGAGGCUGGAUUAUCUGUCUUUUCUGUAAAAUGGCUGCAGUGCCUUCUGUCGUAUAUUUUAUUUGGGGUAAGGAGAGGUGAAACCUUCUGAAAAUUUUGAGAGUAACCAUAAAGGAUUGUUUCUAAAUAUGUAGUAUUCCUGGUGGACUUUUUCAUCUUAGAAACAGAGCUAGUGUCGAGACUUUGCUGCAGAAAUAAUAGUGACCAAAAGUAGUUUAUAAAAGGGAUUUGUGAAUAGGAAGUCCAGUGUGAUCAUAUGUACUAUUUUGCACCUUUAAAGAAGGUUUAGCUGUCAAAGUCUGGGUCCCUGAUUGUAUUGUGAUCUGGUUAGGCAGACUGUGGCAUCCUAGGAGAUAAAAUCUCAUAUGAAGUAUGAGAUAUAUAUUGGUGUUGCAGAAGAGAGAGCAUUAUACAGGUAGAAAUAAUUCAAGACUUCAACACUGUCAACCUGAAACUUUGUAAAGAUCUCCUAGGUUCCCUGGAGCAGUUCAUAGCUCUUUAUCAGAUGACGUUCUCUUUGAUUCGUCAGGCAAUGUCCGAAUGACUGCCCACCCCUCCUCAGACCGCCCCUCUUCAGAUCGCACCUGCCCUUCCUGUGCACUCACCUCUCCAGCCUCCUGCAAACCUCAUCUAGCUUUAGUUUGAAACACAUUGCAGCGUUCAGGUGACCUCUUCAAAAAACUACCUCCUCAGAAUGAGGUAAUGAAUAAGUUAUUUAUUUUAAAAUAUGAAAAGUCAGGAGCUCUAGAAGAUGAGGAUGGUUUAGGUUUUAACUUUUAUGUGUACUUGUAUUUGAGCGCUCUCAUUUUGUCCUAAUGGGCAUUAAACAUUUAAGUAGCGAUGCUGAAAAAAUGUAGCUCAGCGUUUCUGAAUGUUUGAAAGUGGUGCCAGAAUCUGUUGAGGGGUACGUUGCAGAAUCUUAACCUUGUCAGUUGCAUGGAAUUAAAUAGCUAUGGUAUCACUUCACUAACAAUGCUAUCAUUUUAAUUUUCAGUAGGCGUCGCAAGAUAGAAAUCUUCACGAUGAGCCGACCGCAGCUUUGUCACAUGCACAGUAACGCCUAGGGAGACACCCAGCGACGAGGGUAGAGUGAUUACCAUUUUGCAAGAUUCUUUGUCCAACUUAAGUUGGCUUUGUUAGUGCUAGAAUAUCAGCACCUUGAGACUGGCAAAUUCCAAACCUUUAGGUUAUUUAAAAAAAAAAAAAAAAAAAAGGAAGGUUUACUAUGAACCUGAAUAGCAAACAGCUGACAGUUUAUACAUGGAAGUGGCAUAGGUGGGGCCCGAGAAAAACACCUCGAUGAUUUGCCAAAUGAUUAUACUGUGCCUUCACGAUGCAAUAAAAAAAGCUAAAAUUUUAGCAGAAAUCAGUGAUUUGUGAAGAGAGCAACCACUCUGGUCUAACUCAGCUGUGUUAAUAUUUUAUAGAGUGCAAUUUAGACAGCAAAGAAAUGCACUAAAGAGUUUAUAGCCAAAAUCACAUUUAAAAAAAUGAGAACACACAGGUAAAUUUUCAGUGAACAAAAUUAUUUUUUUAAAGCACAUAAUCCCUAGCAUAGUCAGAUAUAUUUAUCACAUAGAGCAACUAGGUUGAAAUUAUAGUUCAGUGACAUUUCUAGAGAAACCUUUUCUACUCCCAUAGGUUCUUCAAAGCAUGGAACUUUUAUAUAACAAAUGUUUGACACAUUUUGAGAAAUUGCUGUAGUUUAGGGUUGAAGUACUGUAUGCUGGGCGGCAAUUGUAAUAGCUGAGACGGGGGGAAAUGAACAGGUAGGACAGGGUUUGAUUUUAUUUGUUCCCAGAGUACCGCUGCCAACCUAGACAUUGAUUUUUCAGAGUUUGAAAUGUAAACUUGCCUCCCAGGACCUGUUUGCAAAUUAUGCAGGACUGUGCUGCUAAUAUUGUUCAGGGUGCUUUUGGGGCCAGGUGAGGUCACCAUAGGCUCAUUCAUGAGGGGGCACUGGAAUAAUGAGCUGCACUGAUGGAUUGGACACACUCCGUGUGCUUGUGUCUUGUUUCGUUCCUCGCCACCCCCAAGAAAGGCAGAGUACUGUCUGCAGGGAAUUCUCCAGAUUUUCAUGGAAGUGUGUAAAUGCACAUAGGCUGCACCCCCAAGGUGUGCAGGAGGGUUGGUGGGUGUGUCGACCAGAGAAGGGCAUGCCCGGUGCAUUCACGUUCCCUGUUGCUUGCUCUGGUGAAAUGAAAAUACUGCUGAGACUUUUGUUUGAUCAGUACACUAGACAGGAAGCUUUGCUUUGUUCUCAGAUGACCUGUUUUCACUUCUGUUUGGGCAAAGAUGUUUGAAUUGAAAUUCAGUCCUAAAUUUUGUCACUUGUGGAACGGAAACUAGCAGUUUUGGCUAUUUUUAAAGUAGAAGACAGAAACUUGUUAAAAAUCUUCUAUUAAGGUGACCAUGCUUUACUUAAAAGCAGAUAGGGACAGUCAGCCCCCACCCCAAAAUGAUUAAGUAAAUCUUUUAUUUCAGUAUGCACAAUUUCACGUGUUUUAUUAAUUACUAGAUCAAUUUCAUUAAAAUGAAAUGCCACUUAGUAGUUGUGACUAAUUACGAUGACCCCGUCGUUUGGCCGCGGUGCGGAGGACACAGCUAGUGCAGCCAGUGCUGUGAUGCAUCUUGUUUUAAAGUAGUCAAUGGAUUGAAGUACUUUUCAAAAAUAAAGGACUGAAGUGUUUAUUCACAUUGGAAUAAAAAAAAAUGUAUCUGUGCACACCGUUUACUUCUCCUGGCAGGCCGAGCACAUCGUCUGCAGUGCGCAGCCCAUUCUCAUCAGAUUUCAGUGGAGGGAAUCCAGCGUGAAGUCACUGAAGAUGUGACCGAGGAAGGGUUCUGGGAAGGGUGGGGAGAGGGGCUGAGUCAGCUGCUUAGUACCAGGUGUGUUUGAAAAUGACCGUUGCACCUGUUAGUCUCUUCUGCCCGUCGUGUUCUGGAGUGUGAGUUACAGAGGAGGGGGCCUCGGACUAGCACGAGCAGCAGAACUGACUGGGCCCCAGUGUAGAGAAAAUGGACCAAAUGGGAGGGGGGAGGGUGUGGGAAUCCAUCUGAGGGUAGGGAAAAUUUGAUGUGAGGGUAGGAUAAAAACCAUUUAAAAUGUAAGAGUGCAAUAGUGUGCUUUUUAUUCUAAGCUGUGAACGGUUUUUUAAAAAAUCAUUCCUAACACGUGUGUGUGUUCCGUAGCCGAGGGAAACCAGCUGUCUAAACGUGUAAUGCCUUUUUACUCCUGUUAAUCACCAACUUAAGUGGCUAAUCUGUUGUUUAUCUUCAUGUUCUACUAGUUUACAUACAGGGGCGUGUGUGUGCGUGUGCACGCACACGCGUGUGCUGUGCCCUUUCUUCUCUUUCAUUUGAAACUGCGUUCAUCGGGUCCUGUUUCCUUUGGCCAGUGCCCGAGUGACAGCCUGUCCGGCCGUGGUGUCUCCUGUUUGAAGGACUCGGUGGUGUGUGUGUGUGUGGUGGUCUCGUCUGUGGGCUGUGCGCCCUGACCCCUCCCUCCCUGAGCAACUGCUGCUGCUCCCGAGUCGGGCAGACGGCUAAUGGGGCGACGGGACUGGUUCAGCAGCACGUGUCCCCUGGAAUUCUGUCCUGAAGUCAUGAUUGUUUUUUGGUUUAGACCAAAAAAGGAAGUCACGCCCCUUUUCAUUUACUUCUUGGUUUGCGGACAACUCUUCUGUGAGGGAGAGGGAAGGGAAAUCCUGUUUUAAUGGCAGUGCCUGAAGGGCUCCUGCUUUGCCACUCCAGACCUGGCGGCGAUUCACACACAUUCCUCUUCUCUCUCUGCCAAGGCUGGGACUUCGUUCGCGUCCACUCCACUCACGCAUUAGAAAGGUUCUCAGUCUGGGGUGUGCCCAGUGGAAAAAAGGGGACUUUUUAACUGUCCACAGAUCUCUACCUGCUUUGCAAAAAUUAUAAUGAAGUAACUAUUUUUAAAGCUUAUUUUUCAAUUCAUUAAAAAAUUUAUUUUCAGUCCAAUGGAUUUCUGUAACCCUCUUUUCCCCUAACCCUCAAUGUUUGCUUGAAUCUCCCCUUUUUUUUAUUUUUAAAGAAAGUUCUUCCCCAGACCUACUUCUUGAUACUUUCUCUUUCCUGCUCAGGUCCCUUCAUUUGUACUUCGGAGUUUUUCUCAUGUAAAUUUGUACAAUGGAAAAUAUUGUUCAGUUUAGAUAGAAAGCAUGGAGAAUUAAAUUUUAAAACAACUGAAAUUGAGAUUGAAGAAAUUUAUUUCUGUGUAAAGUUAUUUAAAAACUGUAUCAUAUAAAAGGCAAAACUUCUAUGUACUUGAUGUGAAUAUGCGAAUACUAUUAUAAUAAAGACUGAAUGCAUGGAGAAGUCUUCCUCGAGAUUCUUUUUCUAGCACUGUCACAGUCAACAACAGAACAAGCGCUUUGACAGAUCUCCCAGGCAAUGAAGGGACUGAGACAUCUACAUGACGCUUCAUUCAUGUCGGUCACUGCUUAGUGGGUAGAUGUUGCUGUAUGAGAAGUAUUUUGAAGGAAAGUUGUCCAGAUGACUGCUGUCCUGUCUUAUGACAGUCUGUUCUCUGGUGGUGGCGAUGGCCUCAAGUGUUACAGGAGGCUGUCACCUGACACCCGCCUACAGGGGCUCAGCUGGCAC